GCCCGAGGCCAGAGCUGGAGUAACUGGACUCCCGGCGGCGGGUCGCAGUCCCCGAGCCUGAGGGGCUGGCGUCAGCGCCGAGCCCAAAGCCCUGGGUGGGAGUCUGGCCGGGACGCGCGCACCAUGCCCUACCUGCUCAUCAGCACCCAGAUCCGCAUGGAGGUGGGUCCUACCAUGGUGGGCGAUGAGCACUCUGAUCCAGAGCUGAUGCGGUAUCUGGGGGCCUCAAAGAGAAGCGUCUUGGGAAACAACUUUUGUGAGUACUUUGUUAAUGACCCUCCUCGCAUAGUCCUGGACAAACUGGAACACAAGGGCUUCCGUGUGCUGAGCAUGACAGGGGUGGGCCAGACGCUGGUGUGGUGCCUGCACAAGGAGUGACCCUCUCAUGCUGAGGAGCAGACGGCGCAUCUUUUUCUGAGUGGUUGCCAUGGGCCCCGAUCCUGAGUCCCCGUUCACUCACUGCCCGGCCUUUCUCUUCCCAAAUUGCCAUUUUCCUUAGACCAGCACCACUGGGCAGUGAACGGCCUUUUCUGAAAAUUGCCUCAGCUAGUGGGGGAGGGCAGGGCCCCUGCUCUGGUGCUCUCAGCCGGCCCUCCAGCUUCUGCGCCUGGCUGACAGCCCUGGAGGAGGCCAUGUUCUGUGGGCAGCCUGAGGGACCCGCAUGACCCAGGUUGUCCCUGGCCAGAAACUGGGAGCCGGUGAGGAGCAUGGCCCCAGGACUGGGUGGGAGGGUCCUGCGUAGCUAGUCCAAGCCAAUAAAGGACUGUGAUGAGUGGUUGCUUCUCUG